AGUGCUAAGCGGAGGAUGAGGGUGGCACUGGCAAGUCUGCUGGACAUCAACCGGGCAUUGGAGGAUGGAGAUACUAGUGUACUGGCACUCUCGGGUGGUGUGGAGGGUCUGGCUGACGCUCUGGCCUCGUCAACGUCGGCAGGUCUGUCGUCCAGCGCCGUAGUUGACGACGCUCUCCUUGCUCGGCGGGAGAUGUACGGGACGAACAAGAUUGAAGAAGAGCCUGCUGCCAGCUUUUUCGCUCUCUUCUGGGAAGCUUCUUAUGGCGACCUGACCAUGCGCAUUCUGCUCGUUGCUGCCGCUGUCUCGCUUGUCGUCGGCACGCUCGAAGACAACAAGCUGGGGUGGAUCGAGGGUUUUGCUAUUUUCCUUGCCGUCUUUAUCGUCGCCAUGGUCACUGCCACCAACGACUAUAUCCAGGAGCGCCAGUUCAAAAAGCUCAACGAUGUCAAGCAGAGCUUUUCGGUCAAGGUUCUCCGGGGCGGUGAGGAGGUCUCCAUUCUGGUGUUUGAUGUCGUGGUCGGCGAUGUGGUAGUCCUCGAGCGCGACGACGCCGUCCCGGCAGACGGCAUCCUCAUCCACGGCGACUCGAUCCUGCUCGACACCUCGCAACUCAACGGUGAGUCUGUUGAAACUCGGGUCCACCCUGGCGCGCCGUUCCUCCAGUCAGGCACCCGCAUCUCACAAGGCUUUGGCACAAUGCUUGUCACCGCAGUCGGCGAGCACACACUGUGGGGCGAGACGCUCGCCCUGCUCUCCAAGGGCAACCCAGAGCCCAAGACGCCGCUGCAGCGCAAGCUUCACAAGCUUGCCACUGACAUCGGGAAGGCCGGAUUCGUCUUUGCUAUCAUCGUCUUCCUCGUCCUCACCAUCUCGUUCCUCAUCAAGGAGUCGCAAACCAAGGACGGCGUCGAGGCCGAUACCCACACCUUUUCGGAGAUCCUCGAGUUUAUUAUCAUCGCCAUCACCAUUGUUGUUGUCGCUGUGCCCGAGGGCCUCCCGCUGGCGGUCACCAUCUCGCUCGCGUACUCGAUGUCGAAGAUGUACAAGGACAACAACCUUGUCCGUCGCCUCGUCGCUUGCGAGACCAUGGGCGGCGCCACCCAGAUCUGCUCCGACAAGACGGGAACGCUAACCCAGAACAAAAUGCUCGUUGCCGCCGGCUGGUACUUUGGCGCCAGCUACGUUGAUCCUGCGAUUGGCCCGCCAAGCGCGGCAGACUUUGGCAUCACGCCUGCUGCACGGUCCUACGUCACCCUCCUUGCCGAGGGCAUUGCUGUCAACUCGUCGGCGACGCUCCAUGCCGCGCCAGCCGAGCCAGCUCAGGGCGAGGCUGACGCCGAGGCCGGCGCCGCACCCGUGCCGGGCGUCACCAUCAUCGGCUCCAAAACCGAAGGCGCUCUGCUCCUGUACGCUGGCACAAACCUUGGGACGCACUACGGCCCGCUGCGGGCGGCUGCAGACUUCCGCAAGCGGUUUUCGUUCUCGCCGAUCAAGAAGCGCAUGUCCGCCAUUGUGCGCAAGCCGACCGGCGGCUUCCGCCUCCACAUGAAGGGCGCAGCCGAGAUUGUGCUUGGCAUUGCGCAGUACACAUUCGGGGCGUCGGGCGAGGCUGAGCUGAUCACCCCGUCCAAGCGCGCCGAGCUCGAGGCUCUCAUCGGCGAGCUCGGCUCCAUGGGCCUCCGCGUCCUCGCCCUCGGCUACGCCGACUACGAGCACGACACCCCCGAGUGGGACGGCGACGACGAGCCCGACGACGUGCCGCUCAUCCUCCUCGCCCUCGCUGCCAUUGCUGACCCGGUUCGGCCCGAGGUACCGACUGCGGUCGGCGAGUGCAUGGACGCCGGCAUCACCGUCCGGAUGGUGACCGGCGACAACGUGCUGACGGCCUCGCACAUUGCCCGCGAGUGCGGCAUCCUCGGCGACGGCGACGUCGCCAUCGAGGGCUCGGUCUUCCGCAACAUGCCGCGCGAGGAGGUCCUUGAGAUCCUCCCGCGACUCCGGGUCAUUGCCCGCUGCUCGCCCAAGGACAAGAACGUGCUAGUCAACAUGCUCCGUGAGCAGGGCGAGGUGGUGGCGGUGACCGGCGACGGUUCCAACGACGCACCGGCGCUCAAGGACGCCGACGUUGGUCUCUCGAUGGGCAUCAUGGGCACCCGCCUCGCUAUUGAUGCCUCGGACAUUGUCAUUCUCGACGACAACUUCAAGUCGAUUGUCAACGCCGUCGUGUGGGGUCGUGGGGUCUUUGACAACAUCCGCAAGUUCCUCCAGUUCCAGCUCACCGUCAACGUUGUCGCGCUCUCGCUCGCGCUUGUCGCCGCCGUCGGCCAGCGCGGCAUCCCGCUCAAGGCCGUCCAACUCCUCUGGGUCAACCUCAUCAUGGACACCAUGGCUGCGCUCGCGCUUGGCACCGAGGUUCCGACCCGCGACCUGCUCAGGCGCGCGCCGUAUGGCCGCGACAUUGCGCUCAUCUCGCCGGUCAUGUGGCGCAACAUCAUCGGUCAGUCUGUCGUCCAGCUCGCCAUCCUCAUCCCGCUCCUCUUUGCCGGCGAAUCGCUCCUCAAUCUCGACACCUCGGCCAACCCGCAGGACCUCAUCUACCUCGAGACACUCAUCUUCAACAUCUUUGUCAUGCUCCAGGUCUUCAACGAGAUCAACGCCCGCAAGGUCAACAACGAGUGGAAUGUCUUUGAAGGCUUCUUUACCAACGCCAUCUUUGUUGGCGUCAUCAUCAUCACCCUCAUCCUCCAGGUCUUUCUUGUCCAAGUCGGCGGCCGCAUCACCAACACCACACAGCUGACCGCUAUCGAGUGGCUUGUUUGCAUUGCCAUCGGCCUCAUCUCGCUCCCGGCCGGUGCACUUAUCCGCCUUAUCCCAGUCUCAUCGGGCACCACCGAUGCUCAGUCAACGCGCAUCGGCGAGCGGACUGCCGACGAUGACCGUGUUCCGCCGACGCCUGGCAGUGACGACGACGACAGCGGCAUUCCGCCGGCCCCGCUCCCGCCUACCACCCGCCCCGUCAAUCUCCCGCCGACGUCAGUCGUCCGCCCGCUCCCGCCGUCGGUCCUGCCCUCGCUUCCACGGCCAAUCCACGCUCCGACCCUCCCCAACCACCUCGCCCAUCACACUCCCGCCACCGAGAUGUGCUCGGCCUCGGGAUCUUACUCGGGCUCGGCCGUCGACGAUGGCGAUCUCCCCUACACCCACAACGACUCUACAGAUCACCUUCCUGCAGGCGAUGUCGAGGACACCGUUCCCCUCGCCUUUGCCCCAGUCGAGCCGCCGCUGCCGUAG